UAUAUGGUAAAGUCUGUGAGACAAGCAUCAUCUUCAGCAGUACAACCAAGUAAUUCAUGGUAGAAUCAUGUUCCUCAAAAAGUCACUGUUUUUAGCGUUCACGGCUUUUGUUUUGUGUGAAUCUGGAUUCGUGGAACAAUUACCAAAAUGUAAGCUGAGCGACAAUGAAUGUAAAAGAGGCCUCAUUGAGUCUGCACUAAGGAUUCUUGCCAAAACGGGACUUCCUGAGAAAGGAAUUCCUAAAAUCGAUCCUUUCUCCAUUCACAAUGUCUCUCUGUCAAUUCCCGAUGUUAUUGACCUUACUUUAGUCGAUGGUCGUGUCAAGGGCAUCAAGGAUUGCGCUAUGAAUAAGUUUACCGCCAGUAUUGAAGAUGAACAUGCUUCUUUGGAAAUGACAUGUGACAUCACAAUCAAAGGGCAAUAUAAAGUAUUUUCUGACAGUCCUUUCAUCAAGACCUUCUCUGGCGGUGAAACUGUUAAUGGCGAAGGAAAUGGAAAAGUCAAAAUCGAUAAGAUAUUCCUUAGAUUUGACUUCGAUUAUUUCUUCCAAAAUCGAGAUGGACAGGUCUACAUCAAAUGCAAAAAUGAUAAAUUGAAGUAUAACUAUGACGUCAAAGGGAAAAUGGUGUUCUACGCUGAUAAUUUGUUCAUAGGAGGCAAAGAGUCCAGCAAGUCUGUGAUGGACGUGAUGAAUCAAAAUUGGAAGUUCUUGAUGACCACAUUCGGAAAACUCGCCGCGCACCAGAACUUGGUAUUGGAGGAAUUUUUUAUAGAGGUUAACUUCCUCGCGGUCCGGGCGACCAAGCCAAGACCCUCGUCCCGUUCAGAGUCAUAAAACAUGACCAUGACC